AUGUCUGUGGUAACUGUGGAUCCACCGAAUGCAACAUUCCCUGCUUCUGGAGGCACUUCAACUCAUUUCAUCAAUUCCACAUAUGAAUCCAGAAUCGCUUUUAAGGUGAAAAGUUCGAACAACGAAAACUACCGUGUCCGUCCGGUGUUCGGUUUCAUCGAGGCGAAAGGAAAGACCAAAUUCGAGAUCGUCCGUUUGGAGGGACCAGUGAAAGACGACAAAUUAAUGAUUCUGUGGGCGGAGGUUCCGGCGGAUGAGACUGAGCCACAAGCACCGUUCAAAGGGGGAGCACAUCAAGGAGAUGCGACUAUUCUGAUGAAGGCUACUUGA